AUGCCAGGACGGGGGAGAGGAGUUAAGAGGAGGAAAACUAGGCAAGCGGAAACGGAGCCAGAGGAAGAGCUGAGCAGCCCGCUGGACGACGUGUCCAAAGGUAAUAAAAACGUUGUUGACUUUGAAGAGAUUCUUCAAAGAUCAAAUGUGUUAGAAACAAAUACAUCGUUUAACAUAGGGUGUGGUGCGGUAGCGGGGAAUACCCCCGAACUUGUAGCAGCGUCCUCCACCGUAGCUCCCCUGCCUGCCCCCAUUACACAUCUGCCUUGCGCGCCGGGGGGACCUAGUCCAAUUAGGUUAGCCCCCGACGACGUAGCAGCCCACGUCCCCGACCUAAUUAGAAGUCAGAUCAGGAGGGGAGAAUUCGUAAAUUUGGCUCUGCUUCUGAAAGGUUCGCUCGAACUUACCGAUUUCUGUUCGGGAACAACUUUACAAUUGACGGCGGAAGGCCAGUUGCUCUCUAGGCCGAGGGAAUGUAGGGAUAAAAUCGGCACGAUCGAGAAAUGGACCGAUGCUUUUAUUAUAUACAUGUCCAUAUACAUUCAGGCCAAUCCAUCUAAAGCAUCCGAGCUACUGCAAUACAUGUGGACGAUUAGAGAAUGCGCGGGACGUCAGGGCGGGCUGGCGUGGCGCAGCUACGACGAACAGUUUAGGCUACGGCAGGCAUUCGAACCCUCAUCAUGGGCACAUAUUAACACGGACUUAUGGUGGCGAUGCAUGUUAAUGCCGGCCGCGGCCACGCCUGCCCCAAGCCCAAGGGGAACCUUUCCAAGCAGAAUGGCGAGAGUGUGCCAUUUUUUCAACAUGGGCAGCUGCACGUGGCCUAACUGUAGGUUUCGGCACAUUUGCUCUUCCUGCGGCCAAGGUCACUCAGCAUCAGUAUGCACAUUAUCUAACCGCGUACCACAGCGCGCCCAGUCAUUUCAUACGUCACAACAUUUCAAUGUCCCGCGCCAGCCCUUUCGCGGGCGCCAUCCCACCUCAUUCAAUGACAACAUUAGGGGAGCAACACCACGUCAUUUCUAACCCGAAUACUUGGGACAUCGCGCUUUCACCAAUCGAUUUGACUACAUUACACAUUCACUUAUCUUCCUAUGACGAACAGGAGGCAAUUUUCUUAGAAAACGGGUUUAAACACGGGUUUAGUCUGCAAUACCAGGGCCCUCGCCUGGGUAGGGAAGCCACUAAUCUUAAAUCAGCCAGAGAACAGCCAGAUAUUGUAAUCGAUAAAAUUAAUAAAGAAAUUUUAGCUGGCAGAGUAGCGGGUCCUUUUGUUGUUAAACCAUUCAAAAACCUUGUAGUUUCACCCAUAGGCUUGGUACCAAAGAAAGAGCCAAAUGAGUUCAGAAUGAUACACCACCUAUCCUACCCUGCCGGAUCCUCAGUAAAUGACCACAUCGAUCCGAAAAACGCAUCCGUACAAUAUACAAGUUUCGACGAGGCGGUCAAAAUGAUACAAACCCUGGGCAGGAAUUGUAAGAUUUUUAAAGUCGACAUAAAGAACGCAUUUAAAUUGCUACCGAUACGACCGGAGGACUUUG